AGGAGAGAUGAGGCGUGGCUACCGCAGCAGCAGCAGCAGCGGUGUGCUGGUGUGGCUGGUGCUCGUGUGCUCAUGCUUCGAAGCACCUCGGGUUCAGGCUCAGCAGCAAGCAGCAAGAACUGAUCCAAUCGAAGCGGCGGCGCUCAACUCAAUCCUGGGGAGAUGGGGAUGGAAGGCGGCGCGGUCGCCGGCGUGGAACAUCAGCGGCGAGCCCUGCAGCGGCGCCGCCGUCGACGACGGCAUCGGGCUCGACGGCAACAGCGAGUUCAAUCCGGGCAUCAAGUGCGACUGUUCCUUCAACAGCAAUACCGUCUGCCACAUCACCAUGCUGAGGGUAUACGCAUUGAACGUUGUCGGUCAGAUGCCUUCAGAACUGCAGAACCUCACCUACCUAACUUACCUGAACCUGGAUCAAAAUUACUUGACAGGUCCAAUUCCAUCAUUCAUUGGGCAAUUUUCUGGAAUGCAACACUUGAGCCUGGGAUUCAAUCCAUUCUCUGGACCACUUCCAAACGAACUUGGGAACCUCACGAAUCUCAAUUUGCUAGGCAUCAGUUUGGACAAUUUUAGCGGUGGACUUCCUGAAGAACUGGGCAAUCUGUCCAAACUUGAGCAAUUGUACAUUGAUAGUAGUGGCUUUAGCGGUCCAUUCCCUUCAACGCUCUCAAAGCUUAAGAAGCUGAAGAUUCUGCGAGCAUCGGAUAAUGAUUUCAAAGGGAAAAUACCUGAUUAUUUUGGGAGUUUGACAAAUUUGGAAGAUCUGGUACUCCACGGAAAUUCUUUUGAGGGCCCGAUUCCAGCAAGUUUGUCUAAUCUGACCAGGUUGACAAACUUAAUUGUUGGUGAUAUUGUAAACGGAAGCUCUUCGUUGGCCUUCAUCAGUAGUCUGACAUCUUUGAGUACCCUGUUCGUGACACCUUUAACCGUAAACCUUACAGUUUUUUAUAUGUUAACAAAUUGGCUAGUUACUGAGAUUAAAUAUCUUUCUUACAGGAUAUUGAGGAACUGCAAGUUAUCUGGUAAUCUUGGAGCAGUUAAUAUUUCCAAGCUUGCAAAUUUAAUCUUGCUGGACUUGAGUUUUAAUAAUAUCACAGGUCAAGUUCCUCGAUCAAUCCUUACUCUGGACAAACUUGAAUUCCUGUUUCUUGGGAACAAUAGCCUUACAGGAAGCCUGCCUGAUGUGAAAAGUGCUUCAUUAAAAAAUUUAGAUUUUUCAUAUAACCGGCUCACUGGAAGAUUUCCUUCUUGGGCUACUGAGAGUGAUUUGCAUCUGAAUUUGGUGGCAAACAACUUCGUUCUUGAUAGCACCAACGACAGUAUUCUACCUUCAGGACUAAACUGCCUCCAGCAAGACACUCCUUGUUUCCUUGGUUCUCCACAAUAUUAUUCCUUCGCGGUAGACUGCGGCAGUAAUAGGUCUAUGACAGGACCAGAUAAUACUAUGUACGAUGUAGAUCCUACAAACCUUGGGGCUUCAUCAUAUUAUGUUACCGGUCAAACAAGAUGGGGUGUCAGCAAUGUUGGAAAAUUCAACCAGGCCCCAAAUGAAAGUAACAUAAUAUAUAGCUCCAACGAGCAGUUUCAGAACACAGCAGAUUCAGAACUGUUCCAAACAGCAAGGAUGUCAGCAUCGUCACUGAGAUACUACGGCCUUGGACUUGAGAAUGGAAAUUACACUGUUGUGCUUCAAUUUGUAGAAACUGCUUAUCCGGACACACAGACUUGGCAAAGCCUAGGAAGGAGAGUCUUUGACAUAUACGUCCAGGGUUCUCUUAGAGAAAAGAACUUCAAUAUAAGGAAGAUAGCUGGUGGAAAAUCUUUUACUGCAGUUAGCAAGAGUUACACAGCAACUGUGUCAAAAAACUUCCUUGAGAUCCAUCUCUUCUGGGCUGGCAAGGGAACUUGCUGCAUCCCUAAACAAGGUUUCUAUGGGCCGAUGAUCUCAGCAUUAAGCGUUACUCCAGAUUUUACUCCAACUGUGCCAAAUGGUGUACUGAAAAAGAAAAGCAAAGCUGGAGCAAUUACUGGAAUAGUGAUUGGUGCAUCAGUUUUAGGAUUAGCAGCCUUAUUUGGAAUAUUUGUGUUCACCAAAAGGAGAAGGCUAGCACGACAGCAACAAGAACUGUACGACCUGAUUGGACAACCUGAUGCCUUCAGUUAUGCUGAACUCAAGUUAGCUACAGAUAAUUUCAGCCCUCAGAACAUUCUUGGAGAAGGCGGAUAUGGGCCAGUCUAUAAGGGUACACUAACUGAUGGAAGAGCAAUAGCUGUGAAACAACUUUCUCAAUCAUCUCAUCAGGGGAAAAGACAGUUCGUGGCAGAGGUUGCAACCAUUUCUGCUGUCAAACACAGGAAUCUUGUCAAACUGCAUGGAUGCUGCAUUGACAGUAACACGCAUUUGUUGGUUUAUGAGUACCUUGAAAAUGGAAGCCUUGAUCGAGCUCUCUUCGGAGAUAGUGGGUUGAGGCUAGACUGGUCAACACGCUUUGAGAUCAUUUUAGGCAUCGCUAGAGGCCUAGCUUAUCUUCAUGAGGAGUCCAGCAUCCGCAUUGUGCACAGGGACAUCAAGGCCAGCAAUGUCCUACUAGACGCCGAUCUCACCCCCAAGGUCUCUGACUUUGGACUGGCCAAGCUCUACGACGAGAACAAGUCCCAUGUCAGCACAACGAGAAUCGCUGGCACAUUUGGCUACCUGGCUCCUGAGUAUGCAAUGAGAGGCCAGCUGUCUGAAAAGGCCGACGUCUUCGCAUUCGGGGUGGUCGCCCUGGAGGCUGUCUCUGGCCGAUCCAACACCAGUAACUCCCUCGAGGAAAGUAACAUCUAUCUCUUGGAGCGGGCAUGGGGCCUGUACGAAGGGCAGCAACCACUGCGAAUCCUGGACCCGAGGCUGGAGGAAUUGUUCGACGCCGGGGAAGCUCUGAGAGUCAUCCGUGUCGCGCUCAUGUGCACGCAGGGCUCGCCGCACCGGCGGCCGCCGAUGUCGAGGGUGGUGGCAAUGCUGACCGGGAAAGCCGAGGUGGCUGGGGAGGUGGCGAAGCCAAGCUACGUCGUCAUCACUGAAUCGCAGCUCAGGGGCGGGGACAGUAGCUGCAGCACGAGCAGCUACUGGGGGUGGUCGACCAGUACCCCUGAGCUCAGCAGGCAGAAGGAGGUCGACCCUCUCACCCAGUCGCCGACGAUCACCGGAGCAAGCCACAAGAUCGAGGGAAGGUGAGAACAAGAUGAUCGCUGCUGAAGGUGGUCGGCUUGAGGUGAAUGUUUCAGACGCUGUUAAAUGUGAGUUGGAGCAAACAUCUCGUUCUGAAUUGUUGUGUCCGGUGGAAAAGGUAUCACUCCUUGUAUGUUGAAUAAUUGGGUUUACAUGUUGCAAGGAAAGUGACCCUAGUUUGGAACUUUGGAUUGUAGUUUUGGUAAUUAAUGAUAACGGUCAAUGUAACUAUAGUGCUACGGUUUUGCUAAACGUAAGGUUUACUCUCAUGGUUGCAAUUUGAAGAAUGCCUACAUCGUUAGACAA